AUGCGCAUAUCUGAAAAGACUGAACGUUCAGUGAGAGGGGUUAUUGGGCUAGAGAAUCCUUGGAACGUUUUGGUAAACAAGAACGAUAAAGCGGGGAUAGAAACACUGAUUGAUAACAUGCAGACACCGCCUACAUAUGAAACAUUUCGACGUGCGAUUAACAUCUUGAACGGACAAACAGAACUUGUAAGACGUUUAUGUCGCUUGGUUUCCGAAGAUAUAUUGGAAUUACUCGAUCGGACGAAAGUCAUCAAAGUCUAUGCGGCAAUUAAUGCGAACAACCCCGAUAUCACAUUAAUUGUAGUUUCACGCAGUCCGAUUCCAGUACCAACGUAUAACGGUUUUCCAGUAUAUGUAAAAGACAUAAGCAAUGCAGUUUUAGAAGACAAAGCUGUUCAUAAGGAAAUAUCACGUAUGAGUACGUCGAACAAGGCGGAGCUGAAGAAAAUUAAAAGAGAACUAAAAACGAAGGUACAUACCAUGAAGUCAGCGAUGAAAGAGAUAUCAAUGAAAUAUAUGAGGUACCCAAAUGUUUCUCAAAUAUCAUUCAGUACAGUCAAAGCCACGAAGUUUUCAUGCAACAACGAGAAGGUUUAUACCGUCGAUUGCAAACCGGUUAUAUGCAUAGUAAUCUAUGUGUACUGCAAGGGAUGGGUUCCUGUUGGAUGGGAAAGUUUCCCCGAUAUAGCAGGUGGGUAUCAGGUUGAUGUAAGAGAGUUCUAUGAACUCAAAAUGCAGAUGAUCAUCGAUCACCAAUGUCAAAAAAUACCAUGCUAUGUGUUCGAUAUAAGACAAAUAACUACACAAGGCCUUCUGAAACGAAGGAGCAAUUCAACAGUGUAUGGACUUACAUGUGCUCAUACAGUAGUGGUCGUAAGAACGGAUGGAUACAAGAGUUGUGGUAUUGGACGAAAACAAAAAGUAUGUUGCUUUAGACAGAGAAGAUCUAAAAAAGUUUAUUCCAGAUGAAAAUGUAAGAGUUGAACGAUUAGCGUACGGAACAUUUGAAAAAUUGGACGAGGGUAUAGAUGCAUUUGUUGACGUUGCACUUAUACAAAUCGACCCGAAGUCAAACCAAUCAGUUAAGAACAUCAGCGAGCGGGCAAAGAAAGCUUUUAAACAACAAUCACUCCAGUUUCACUACAGCGAAAUAGACGAUGCCGUUUACCCAGGCGACAUAGUGUUCCAUAUUGGAACCUCAUGCCAACCUACAUUUGGUACUAUUGGCGAAAACUCACAUGUAAAUCUUCUUGAUGCCCCAGGCCUCAUCAAUGUCGUAGGGGCAUUGAAGGACGGUGAAAGACAACCCUUCUCUAGCAAUGGGGAUUCUGGUGCAUUGGUUUUUAAAGUUGAUCCUUGUCUUUUAAAUGACGAGGUACUCUCUACUUUAGAAUAUGACAGCGACACAGAAUCUGAAUCACCAUUGUUGAAACUUAUUGGAAUGGUCCAUGGCUCUCCACGCGGCGAUGAAACGGCUACCUAUUGUACGCAAAUUACACCGAACAUGAAAGCUUUAGGCGAUGAGUACACGUUUUGUCCAAAUCAAUGAAUAAUAAUACACUAAAAACGCUUAACUACAUUAUAUCUACAACAGACAGUGUUGGAGAGGCGUGGGGAGCAUUUGUGGAAGGUUCCAUUAUAAAUUUUUAGCUUAUUUUUAAUUUUCGGAAAUAGAUAGUAGUAAUGAUGGAUUAUACAGUUUUUAAUUUUGAAAAUAAU